AACAAGCGAAUACAAAACUGUUACAAUGCUACAAUCCCAUUUGAAAUCGCAAACCACUAAAUGUAAGAGAGCUUUUCCAUAUUAAAUCACUCAUAGCAUUAAUCAUCGAUCACUCCGUAUUUUCUUGCAACAAUUGAUAUAUCUUCUUCUUCCCUCGACCUCUCUGUUCUGUUAGUUGCCUUCUGCACCAUUAUCAAAUGCCAUAGUCUCAUCUUCAUCCAUCGAAAGCACCAACAAUCUCCACGUUCACUGCAUUACAAGCAAGAUGGGUGCAUUAUGGAAAGUUGUCCAACACAUUCAGUAGUAUAAUUAAAAGCCUUCUUUAGCUUCAUAGAAUCCCAGAACCAAAUAUCCAUUCCUUUGUCAAUGAGUAUAUAAAUAUACAAGCAGGGGAAACACAACUUCAUAUUCCCUGAUGGAUCAUCAACAACGAAAGCUUAAAAACCAGAGGGGCAUUUGUACUCAGAAUUGAUAGAAUGGAGAUCGGCUAGGAAUCGGUAUCAAUGAUUGUAGUGAGGGAGAAUUCCAUUUUUGUUCAGAUCAAAUGGCAAUGAAUUGGACAGGUGACAACAGCAAGGAGGAUAAACCGGUGAAAAUUAUGGUCUCUGGUGGCAUAAACGGACGUUAAUGGUGACGAUGACGACGGAGGAAGGCCGUGCCCGGGGAAGGAUCCGAAUCUGGCAGCGCGAGAAGACGAAUUAGAUGAACACAUAGGGAACGAUCCGAAUCUGGCACCAGAAGAUUCUACCGGGAAGGCGAUCCUGAUCUAGCACGGCUUCUACGACGCCUACCCUGGGGAAACCAAAGACAGCUCUCCCUCCGUCAGAUUCUCCACGGGCGACGCCGCCUCCAUGGUCAUCCCCAGGCCCGGGCGGGCUGCGACGGGGGAGAAUUGCUACGACGGCGGCGACUACGACUAUGAUGGUUGGAGGAUGGGCGGAGUCGGAGAUGUUGGGGGAAAGAGGAGAGUGGCGAAGCAGGGUUUUAAUUCGUCCAAAUUUCAAUUUUUGUUAUAUUUUAUUAAUUGACCCUUUUACCCUGCGGUUACUAUAACAACACUCCUUGUGUUGUUAUAGUAUCCGCUCCCGAUCGAUACACCUCCUCAAAAAAAUUAGGUUCGUCAUUGAUUACGUCAUUCAGUUUUCUUAUUUGUUAUCUUCUAAAGAGGUUGAACGCCAUUAAAAUAGUCUCUUUUAUUGCACAUACUUGAGGCGUAGCCAAAAUGUCAUCUAAAGUUGAUUAUUUUAGAAAAAACAUACACAUGACAAAAUAUUUUUUGUUAGUUUUUUUAGUCAUCCAUGAUAUUAUCUUGGAAACAAUUGGAAAAUCAAAAUAUGUUCAGAGUCAAAAUUAUCAAGAAUAUAUCUCUGUGUAACAGACAAUUAUUUAUGAUUUAGCUAGCUUUUCGCUUUCAAAUGACAAUAUUUGCUAAGAACUGGUUAUUAUAAAAAAUUGAGUUAUUGAGAGAAGUUCAAUAAUGGAUCAUAUGCCAUUACUAACACUCACUUAAUUGCACAAAUCAAAUACUAUGUGCUUAACAAAUGAGGUCGGCAAGUUUCAAACACAAGAUCUCUUGAUCGACCGUUCUCAAUUAGUAGAUUACUCUAAUUUUCAUUCUCAAUUAACUGUUAUACCUAAUUUGCACAUUUCCUCGAAGGACCCACCCUGUGACACUCUCCCUUUUGCAUUUGGUUGAAAUAAUUUUUUUUUACAAAUUAGCUUGGUGGAAAUUUUUGUUUUUGAUGUUGAAUAAAUACUCCUUUGAUUUUCAAUGGAUCAUAUGUACCAUUGUCAUUUGUGCAUAGCUCGUUACAAAAAAUUUGAAUAUGUCAAUAGACGAUUUGUAAAUCCUAAUUCAAGUACUUGUAAGGCCAACCAUUCUCAAUUAAACUCACACUUAUUUUCAUCCCCAGUUGACUAUUAUACCUAACUAGCGUGGGCCCCGGCCAGUUGGCCGGAGGAAGGUGAGAUAUGAAAUUUGAUAAUGUAAUAGGGUGUAUAGCUUAUUGUUGUAUAGUUUUUUUUGGGAAACACGUGAUAAAAAUAGUGAAUUUUAGCAGGAAGGAGACAUGAAUGAUGCAACGAAUCAAAAAUCGGCCUUAUGAACCAAAAUCAAGUACCUGUUACCUUGUGAAAAAAUAUUGUUUCUCAUAAUAUGAUGAGGUGGAGUAAGUUUUAUAGAAACCGAAUUGCGGAAAAUCGAAUAAAAAAUCGCCUAUCCCGUCAGUUUUCGGGAAAUGAGCAUCUUACAAUCGUUGCUAGCUUUUACUCGGCACGUUGGCCGAUUAAUUUGCUUUAUAAAAUUUUCAUCUUGUCGUCAUUGUGCUUUCUGGUUCUUGUCAGACCAUGAUAAAAUCUAAGGAAAUCAAGGACGAACAACACGAUUUGGGAUAGGAACCGCCGUUGCCGUAUCCCUAGAAAAUGGUGGUGAACACGGACUCACCUGCCAAAAUGGUUUGGAUUGAGAGUUUUAUCGGGUACCAGGGAACCAUGUGAUAAUAAAUUAGACUUGAUCAAAACGGGUCAAAACUUAAAAUUUAGCCUGUUUGACCGACCCAUGCCAAAUUCUAAUUAUUCUUUACUUUUAAACUUUCUAUUUGAAAAUAAAAACUAGUGAAAGAAAAGAGAUGACUGCAAUUCGCCAUUUGCACAUCACUUAUUCGGGAAUAAAACCAUAGAAAUUCCAAAGGAACCGAAAAUGUUUAGGAUGGUUUUAAUGUUUAAAAUAACCAAAUAGAUCUUUUUGUUUAGUUUUUUACUAACAAAUACCAAACGAUUCCCUAUAAAAUACACUAUAAUUUGAUAAUUAUGAUAUCAAAUAAUUAUAUAAUAUGUAUUUGAAAUAAUAAAAAUUGGACUAAUUGGGUUGGUCGAGGUUGAACCAUUGAAUAACUUUAAAAUACAUUAUAUUUUAGCCACUAAGAUAUAAAAUAAUUGCAUAAUAUAUAUUAUGUCAGAGAAAAUAGCUUGUUUUAGAAUGUCAAACCAAUGAUGUUCAUUUGUUUUACUUGAUGGCCAAAUCCCGUGUAGGUCAGGCCCAUUCAACUCUUUUAUUUUAUGGUUAGCGGUUAGCCCAUUAGAUACCAUGCAUUAGUUUAUUGUUAAUUUUUUUAUUUUUAGCAAUAAAAAAAGUAUUGUUUUUGCCUUUUCAUAUAUAUUUUAUCAUCACGGAGAAAUAAAAGGGUUUAAAGAAAAAAAUUGACACUCCUAGACCCGUUUAAAUCCGCAUGUGUACGGUAAGUUGGCCCGUUCCACAGAGGAAAGAGAAAAAAAUUGACACUCCCUAUUCUACCCUUCCUACAAACGAUCCUGGAGCAGUGAAUUUGAAAUGGGGGAAGAGUUUUUUCCUCUCUGUUAUUAUAUGUUUUUAAUUUAAAAGGAUACAACAAAUGUACUUAGUGUGAUUGGUUAUGAUCCUUGCUUUUCUUUAAAAUGGUCAUGGUUCGAAUCCCAGUAUGUGUCUUUUUAAUGAAUAAAAAAAAGUAAUUGUGAAGACCAAAAUGUCCUUCCUACUUUCACUCUCGUUGCAGGAAAUUUGAAAUGGGGCUCCCGUUUUUCCCUUCGGCGUAUUAUAUUACUAGCUUAUAACCCGGCUCGUUGGCCGGAAUGUUCAUAUUUGAUUAUUUGUAUUUUUAUGUUAAUUUAAGUCUAUCAACCCGUUUAAUUUUAUUGACAAUUCUUCGAUCUAGAUGAUAUAUAAAGAAAGAAUAUAUAGGUCGAACUUUUGGAGAAAUAAGAAUAUAAAAAUGAUUGAUGUCAUUUUUAUAAUGAUAAUUAAGUCCCAAUUAAAAUGCUAUUGGUUAGUUGAUUGUCAAGAAAGAUAGAGUACAAAAGCUCAUUGGAAUUCCCACACGCCAUAGAUAGUUUGAAACACAAUUUUGAACCUCACAAUCCUACAUAAAGGGUUCAAUGCACUCCUUAGGAACAAUAUGCCACUAAUCAAAAAGAAAUGGAGAGUUGUUUAUUCAAGUCAACUAUAUACUAACAACUCAAUUAAGAGGGGACCAAUAAAACUUGAGAGCAAACGACAAAAUUAGGGUUACCUCCAAUAUGCUAAUAAACUUGAUCGAAGUAAUAAGGCACAAAAUUAGACACUCCGUAUCUAUCAGUUCCAAUAGGUUGAAUAAAGAAUCGACCUAGCUGCAAAAACCAUAAACCUAAAGGUCCAAUAGUCACCACUCUCUGCUGUAGAACCAAAUUUUUAUCUCAAGAGACAUAUGUUUCAAUAAAAAAUUCAAUCUCUAAUCCUCCUUCUACAACUCCAUUUAUUGAACUCCAUUCUAUUUGUCAUGGAUUGAUAUCGGAGUUGAAAUCUUCUACUUGUCUAGCUUAAAUCCCGAAUAAUAAAAUCGUAGUGCCAAGAGAUACCAAAAGAUUGAUUUCAAAGGCGACCUUGUAUUGAAAAGUGAAAGGGGCGUAAACUAUUGCACGAUAGAGGAAAUUUCGGAGGAAGUUAAAAGAGAUAAGAACAAAGAUAAAAAAGCACUAAAUUUAAAUUUAAAUUGAAAAUUUCAAGGAUACAACACGCAGUAACAUAAUUAGUUUCUUCUAUGAUAGCCAAUUAUCAAUCUACCUUUAGCAAAAAAAUUAAGGCGAGAGCAAAAAAUUUAAAAUUGAGAAAAUUACAUGAAACUCUAGCUACUAUGAAAACUGAAGUAUCAAGCACCAUAAAAAUAUAUACGGUAGACUUAGUGGGCUUGGUAAUCAUGAUGAAAAAUUCAUCCAAUUUUCAGAGUCUAACUUUGUGUAUGCUUUAUACUAAAAAAGAUACAACAAAUUUGUUUAGUGUAAUUGAUUGUGAUUGUUGUCUUUGUUUUAAGAGACCUGGGUUCGAAUCCUCAUAUUGAUAUUUUUAUUGAGAUAAAUAUUUAAUUGUAAAGACAAAAAUGUCCUUCCUACUUUCACUCUCGUUGCAGGAAAUUUGAAAUGGAGAAAAGUUCACAAAACUCUACCAUAUAUUAUUGGAGGAUUUACCGAUUUUUUCUCUAAGUUAAAAUGAGUCCAUGUUAGGCACUUACACUCUCCCUCUUCACAUGCAGAGUUGGCAUCUUGGUGAUAAUUUUGGUCAUAUAUAGAGUUGGUUAAAUUUCAAAGCUACUUAAUCAACUAGAACAAUUUUCAGGAGUUUAGGAUCUGAUUCACUGAUAAAAGAAGAAAACCAUUUUGAUUUCAUUGUGAUGAUGGUAACCAAAUUGAAUUGUAACUAAAACAUGAAAACUAUAAUAAUUUCGAUGUAAUUUCAGUAUGCCAUCUACAAGGUGAGGUCAUGAUGCAUGGUAAUUGCAGGGUGGUAAUUACAAUAGGAGGGAAGGACACCACUAGAGAAAAGAUUAAAUAAGGGGACAGGAUAUGGUGACAACUCUUAAGGGGUUGUUAGAUUGACAAUUAAGGGCAUUUUGGGUACGAAAAAAGAAUCUACUAAUUACUUUUAUUGUAUUAAUUAUAUUGGAAAUUAAAAAUCCAUAUUAAAUACAAGUUUUUGAAAAAAAAUUAAAUCCUAUACAUUUAUAUAUCUCUCUCUCUUCCUUUUUCUAGCGGCCACUACGCAUCGACCGACAGACUUUCUCUCCGAUGAAAUCCUUCCGGCAGACUUUCUUCAGCGAAAUCUCUUUGCCAGACUCCCUCCGGCAACCUGGAAAAAAAUGUAUCAGUGCGUUUAAAAGUGUACCAGUCUAUUAGUCUACUGGUAAUGAUUUUUUUUCUAGUGGUACGCUACCAGUUCAGCGCUACCACUACCAUAGAGUAUCGUACCACUAGCACCAGUGUCGUACCGUACCAUUAGCACUGGUAGCGCUACUGGUACGAUACCAGUGUCGUACCGUACCAUUAGCACUGGUAGCGCUACUAGUAGUUAAUAAUACAAAAAACCAGAUGGUAGUGUCGAGAAAAAAACCAGAUUUAGAAAAGGGGAUUCGGUAACGGGAGGGAGAGGCAGGGGGAGAGGGUGACCUCGUGACGGCGACAGUGGUGGGAGAUGAAGGGCGGCAAGAGGGCUCAGACGGGGAGAGGAUGAUUGUGUCGCGGUGGUGGGAGGCGACCGUUGCGACGGGCCGACGGGAAAGAGUUGCAACAACAGGGGGUGGAGGGAGGCUGAGGAUUGCGGAGGCGGUGACGGUAGAGGCUUAGGCGGUGGAGGGCUUUGCGUCAGUGAUGGUUGCGGGAGAGAGGGAGGAGAGAGGGAGGAGUUAGGGUUUUUUCUAUUUAUAUGGGAGGGUGAAUGAUCGGGUGUGGUAAAUUUUUCCCUUCCAAAACUACCAUUCCUUUAAUCUUAACCGUUAAUUUGAAAAAAGAAGAAAGAGACAGGAGAGAGAGCGUAUCUAAGGGCUAUGAAGGAGUAAAAUACCUCGGGUACUACUUAAGUUUGAGAAUUGGGGCAGACAUACCACUUAAGUUUGAAUAGGGCGUCGGGUACUAUUAAAGUCGCCAAAAUGUGCAUCCGUCUAGUUUUCCAUCCAACCCAAAAUUUUAAUUACUUUUUGGCACCAAAAAAUUUAAAAACAUCCAAAACUAUAUUUCAACAAGUUUUUAUCUAAUAUAGAAAUUAAAAAACCUUCUAAACAUAAUAUUACUAAAAUGACUAAUCAAAAUUGUCAAUAAAAUAGAUAAAUUUUAAAAAAAUUUAAAAAAUAUCAAGAAAGAAGAAUAAAUAUAUAGAAUAUAAUAAUAAAUAUUUAAAAUUAGGGUUAUAGGUAUAAUAUUCCCCUCUACUAUGCAGUUUUAUCAAACAUGCCUCUCUACUAUUUUUUACAUCAAACAUGCCCAUAUACUUUGGAAAAAUUAUCAAACAUGCCCUUAUGUAAAAAUUUCCAUUGAAAAAAUGGUCAAUCACAUUUGAAACGAGAUUCACACGACCCGACAUCGGAAAAAUUGGGGUUGAAAUGUCAGUUUUUCUUCCUCAUUUAUUUCUCCGGGUCUAGUUAAAGUGAAAUUAUUAGAGGUAUUUGGCUAUACAAAAGAAACAGAACAAUUCUAAAGUGAAAUUAUUAGGAAUAUUUUAGACAUAGGUGUCGCCCAAACCAAGCUUCGACCAUGAUCGAUGGUUUUUGGAUGCAAAUUUUAACAAAAGGGCAUGUUUGAUCAUUUUUACAAAGUAUAAGGGCUUGUUUGAUAUAAAAAAUAGUAGAGGGGCAUGUUUGAUAAAACUACAUAGUAGAGGGGCAUAUUAUACCUAUAACCCUUAAAAUUAAAAUUAGAAAAUCUAUUUAAAUCGCUAAUCCAAUUAGAAAUACUAUUAAAAAUAGUUAAAAUAGAACAUACUCGAUCAUCAAUACAUCAAAACCAAAGAAGGAUAAAUGGAACACAGUCAGAAAGAAUUAAACAUAUUCCAGUAAUUGAAGAAAAUUUAGAACGAAAAGAGAACGAAAGUAACAAAGUAAUAAAUAAAUAAAAUCUACAAUGUUCCGUAACAAAUCUAGAAAAGAAAAUACAACUAUAGGAUGAGAAUUAGAAUUAGUAAAUUUAGUUAAAUCAUAGGAUAUAUUUGAUUCAACAAAUUAUUCAAUUAUUAUAACAUAUAAUGGUAAUUGUAAAUACUUAUAAUGACAAUUAAUUCUACAUUUCCUAUUCAAAAAUUGGUUUGGUAUCAAAGUCUUCAAAAGAGGAUUCCAACUAAACAGAAUUCAUAGGAUAUAUUUGCUUUAGAGAAUAAUUCAAUUAUUAGAAAACAUAAUGAUAAUUGAAAAUACUUAUAAUGAUAGUUGAUUCUAAAUUUUCUAUUCAAAAAUUAAUUUGGUAUCAAGUCUUCAAAAGAGGAUACCAACUAAAUAAUAAAAAUUGAUGUUUUUCAUAAGUCAAAAAUGGUUUUUUACAAUAAGAAAAGUAGAAGGACCAAUUAAGAAAUUUAGAAAACAAAAUAUUUCAAGAACAUUCUGUUAACUUUAACGGAAAGCAUCUAACAUUAAACUUAAGUGGUACCGGUUGCACAAAUAAUAGAGUUCAGUUGUACCCGACGCCCUAUUCAAACUUAAGUGGUAUGUCUACCCAAAUUUUCAAACUUAAGUGACACCCAAGAUAUUUUACCCGGCUAUGAAGUGGGUUGUCAAACUCACAAUCCCUAAAGAGGUUGUAACCGUAUGUCAUCCCUUACAGCCUGUUUGGAUAGACUAAAUUUUGAGAAAAUGGAAUUCCAAUUCUCAAACUUUUAAUGAUUCUCAUGAUUGGAAGUAAAAAAAUAAAAAGGAAAUGGAAUUCCAAAAGGUAAAAAGUUGAAAAUUCUAAAUACUACUAAAAGUGGUCGGAAUUGGUGGAGGAGUGAUAGAAUUAGUGAAACCCACAUUAAUUUUGAUUCACCUUUACAAGAAAGCCCUUAUUACUUUUGGAUUUGAAAUCAUUAAUACCAAAGAUAUUACUGUAAAAGCACUUGUAAGAAAUCAUUUCCAUUUUUUUUUCAAACAUAAAAAGAUGAAAUCAUUUCUCAAACUUUUGGAUUUGUUCCAAACAUAAACUCUUGAAAUUAAUUCCCACUUGAAUUCAGAUUCUCACAAGAAAUGGAAUUCAUUUUCCAACAGAAUUAUAUCCAAACAAGCUGUUACCGACGGGAUCUGGAAUUAACACUAAGAAACACAAAAUCAUUCAAAAAGGGUAAUUUAAUUAGGGGAUUGUCGAGCAUCUAAAUUAAAUGUAGGCAUCACUUUGUCUUUUUAUAUCUGCACUGCACUUCACUUCCCCAAAACCACUGAGCCUCUCAUCCUUUCUUUCUAUAGAAUUAAAUACCUUAAAGAAGAACAUUAGUUCCUCUUCCUAGAGCUCAGCUCCCACCCAAAUCAUUCGCCUAAAGGCGUGGAACAAGGUUGUCAAUCCGGUUUAUACCGUUAUGCCGGUUUGGCAAGUAGAAUGGUACGACCGGUGGUAUAACCAGUUUGUGCCGUUCGUGACGGUUUAAAAAAAUGUGAAAAUAAUUAAUAUCCAAUGUAUUAAAUCAUAUAUAAAACAUAUUUGUGGACAAUUUAGUUACAAUCCAACAAAUAUCAUCAAUUUUUAACUAUUAAAUUCAUAAAAUGAAUAAUAAAUUAGUUUUUUUAUUAAUGAAAUCCAUUAAAAUGAUGUCAUUUUGCUUAGAAUGCGUAAGUCGAUUAUACCUGUUAUACCGGUGGUGUCAUGUCGGUUUUAUGACCGGCACAGGUUGAACCAGGUUCAACCGAUGCCACCGGCAUGACAACCAUGGAACAAUCGACAAAGCAGAAAACCCAACACAAUUAAAAUAAUAAUGAGGUUUCUCAUAUGUGAGUGAAAGUGAGCGAAGAACAAAGAAAAUGGGGAAGGAAAGAUUGAUGCUUUGGUGGACAUGAACAGAGGAAGCUCUCACCAGUCACCACCAGCCAAGGCAUGCAGUCUCUCUCUCUCUCUACACUCAGCAACUUCACUUUUUCUUCUUUAUUCUGUGUUCAGUUUGCUUGACUGCUGCCCAUUGGUCCCUCCACUUCCUUUUGCUUUUUUUUUUUCCCUCUCCUUGUUUCCUCAUUUGCUUUACGUCUCCCUUUGGGUACUUUUGCCGAUUCCUUGAGGGGACUAAUCCGAUAUGUACCAAAGUUCUCAUCUUUGGGGGUAGUUUCUGAGCUUCUUUCAUAUGGGUACUUGGGUUUUGCUCUCUUUCCAUGUUCCAUGUUCUUUCCACCUGUUUCAUCUCAAUGGGAUUAAAAUAACGCUCUUAUUGAGCUUAAAAGGGGUUUAAUGAUAGGGUUCUCUCUGCUUGCCAGUUUGUGGGGUUUCCUGGUCAUUUCUCUGAGAGAGAGAUCUAACAGGUUGAGAUGGAGGGAAAGUGGGGCAUGUUUCCAUUUUAAUUGAUUGCUUUGGAUUGGAAUGCAAGUGAAGCAAGGUAAAGUGUUGUGUGCUGCUAAGCUAAUAAUUGCUGUUUAGCCUUUUGUUCCCUCCGGUGGUUGUUUGCUUCAUUGCCUCACUAGUUGCAGUUCCGUAGGGAUCAAAUGCUGGGUUUUCACUGAGCCUUUUUCUUCUUUAGCUUCUGAUCUCAAAGCUCGAAAUCAUUGAUGAUGGUGAGCUUUAUUUUUUGGGGGAUGAACUGCCACACAUCCCUUGUUAUAGCUUUAACCAGGUGUUUGAUAUUGAGCUUGUUUUCUACCCCUCCUUUUCUCCUUUCCUUGUGUUGCUGUCUUGAUUGGAUUGCUAUUAACUCUGUUUCUCUGGUUUGAAGUCUAAUGGGGUUCCCUUUCAAUUUCGCAAUUGCUCAAAUUCUCAUGUUAAUGUUGUGUAGCUUUGGUGUUCGGCCAUAUAGAGCUGCUAUUAUUAGUCAACACUUUGGAGAUUAAUUCAGUGGGUGUUGUCUUUCAACUUUCAACUAUUGAAUUGCUUGCAAUAUUCUUGUUCACCUUUGGGAGGAUCCCAAAUCUAGCAAUGGGACUAGAAAUGGAGUUGGAAUUCAAGUUGAAGAGUAGUACUUCGUAUCUGAGUCCUAACACAGUCCUUCCACUCAGACAUUGUUCUGAUGCCGAUAACAAAACUGCCCACCAUCAGAAUCUCACGCGUAAAGAUAAUUUCUUGAGGGUGAAGGAAUGCUUCAUAGAGAUAAACUUCCGUCGUUAUCGAAGUACCUCUUGUAAGAAUGUACAAUCUUCUAGGCCUUCUGGAGUACUAGUACCUAGCGUAGACCUGAAGCGAGGUUCCAUGUAUCAAAGCUCUAGCGAUGUAAUGCGACUGAAGAAAAUGGAGUCUUCUUCUUAUAAUGCAGGAAGGAGGAAAAUCGAAUUGUCAUGUGGCAGCCACACUUCGUUCUCCUUGGAUGUUGUUGAGUCUUCGUGUAGCUCAGAUGAAGAUGAUGCUCGGAAGGUGCAUCCUUCGUCAGCUUUAGAUGCGAAAUUGAACCUGAUUUCUGGUCAAAAGCCUCGUUUGGAUCGUUCUUGUCCACCAGCUGAUGCAUUCAUCGAAAUUUGUCCAAAUUUGGAUGUCAGAGAGCGACAAGAUGUUGGAAUUGUUCGAAGAAGUCAUUUGAGAAGUGAGAGUCAAGGCUUGAGGAGUGAUAAUGUAGCUGGUCCUCAGAAUGAUGCUAAUUACCUCCUUGAAAGAGAUGCGCCAACGUUUCACAAAACACUAUGUGCUAAGCUAGACAUGCCUCAUUCACCUUCUUCUGCUUCCGAGAGCGAUUGCUCCACUAGUGGCAGUUCGAAGUCGAGAUUUGUACCAAUCAGAAAGAUGUUUGAUCCGUUCAUGAAGUCCAAGUCUCUGCGCAGUCCAUUGAGCAAUGCUCCUGAUCCAAGUGAUCAUCCUAAAGCAAAUAGUACUGUGGCAUCCAUGAGAAGGAAUGAGCUCCUAAGGAAGUCUUUAUUACAUGAAUUCUCAUAUACUUCUCAGCAGAAUCAUCAUUCAUCAAAUGUUGCAAAUUCAGCAGUUCACCUACAUGGCAGUCUCAAGUUGAAGAACAAAAACAAGAUCCCGUACUUCGAGUUCUCGUUGUCUUCCCCCGAGGAAGUUCUUGUGGCAAAGACUUGGAAAGUAAACAAUGCUUCCAAGUGGGUUUACACUUUCCACUCCAUUUGCAAUAGAAAAAGGAGCAACGUGAGUGGACGAGGUGGGGCCAACGAGAGCAAGGAGUCCAUGGUAGUAGCAGGGCAGAUGCACGUCUCCUCAUAUUUGCAUUCUGAGGUACAAGAUUGCCCCCUUUCAGAUAACUCAAUGGUGACUGAAUUUGUGUUGUACGACAUUGCACAUGCGAGAAACAGUGUUUCUUCAGAAGGCUCCCCUGAUGUCAACAAAUCUAGUAGCAAUGGCACCUUCCCUUGUUUGGAUGGUGGGAUGCAUCAUGGCUCGGAUGAUGGUUCAGCUACCCCGAGUCCUAACAGUUGUCCUAACAACAUAUCUGCUGGUUUGCAGCCUGACCUUGAGAUUGCAGCAAUUGUUAUUCAAAUCCCUUUUGCGAAGAGGGAAAGCUUGAAGUACAAGAGAGGUUACAACAGCAGGAAGAAAGUGCAUUUGAACCUGCUGAACCUCUCCAUGGCUGAGCGAAGUGCAAAGGAAAGUCCUGAUAGGGAAAGUACAGAAAAGGUUAAGGUGGUAAUUCCAAUUGGAAAUCACAGUUUGCCAAGUGAUGCAGAAAGCCGGGGGCCUUGUUCGUUGCUCGACCGGUGGAGAUCAGGUGGGGGAUGUGAUUGUGGGGGGUGGGAUAUGGCUUGUCCCCUCAAUGUUUUUGGAAACCCUGACAUCCAAUGUGCUGAAGAUGAACCUCUUGUCGAUAGGUAGAAGCCGUUGGAGCUCUUUAUUCAGGUAAAAAUCAUCUAUUGGUAACUUGAAAUUUUUGCAGUUAAAUUUCUUAUUUCUAAAGAAUUUAGUUAUCAGACUAGUUCAUCCUUAACAGUUCCUGCUAUUAUCAGAGUUUCUUUGUCUUUCACUUCUGCCGUCGGCUAUAAGAUUAUUCUGAAUGUUGUGUUGCAGGGGACGAAAGAGAAGAUACCGGCAUUUAUUAUGAGAGCAUUGGAAGAAGGAGAGUAUGCAGUCGAUUUCCAUGCAAAGCUAUCCACUUUGCAGGCAUUUUCCAUCUGUGUUGCCAUGCUGCACGGCUCAGAAGCUGCAUGUGCAGUUGGCGAUAGCAGAAGCAAGAAGAAGUCGAUGCUGCCACAUUGCAACUCGCUGAAGGUAAUGAUAGAGGAAGAGGUCAAGUUCUUGAUCGACGCUGUGACCGAGGAAGAGAAGAAGAAACCCUGUAAGAAACUGGAAAAAAGCAGCAGUCUUACAAGCUCAAGCCUCCAAUAUCUCCAUUUUCUCGUGUGUAGUAGGCUCAACCGGAGAUCACCGCACACAUGGAGCAAGAGAAGAGGGCAUUGAUUGUUGACACCAAGGAUCCUACUUCCGUUGACCGGGAGGUGACAAAGGAGGAGACUUUUUUUUUUGAAAAUAACAAAGGAGGAGAAUGGUGUUGUAAGAUGUACAGUCGAAAGUUUUGAUCUUUCCCUCUUUUUUGUUUCUUGGAAGCCAUUGGUUAAGAGUAGAGAGUUAGAGAUAGGAAACACAAAUACUGUGCAUAAAGUGUGUAGCUCGAGAAAAUAUAGCAGGGAAUUAAGUACAGUUUAGAGAGUGGGAUAAGGAUUUUCAUUCUUAAUGUACUAUUGAGGGCUGUAUUAUAUUAAAUCUCUCUAAAGCUGCUGCAAGGAGUUCUUUCUGCAACCUUUUCUUCCUUAUUAGGUUCUUCAAAUAAAUAUAACGAGACCAUUGAG